GCAAAGUUUAGUUUCAAACCGUCUGCAAAGGGAGAGGUUGCAGAGGAAGGGAUAAGAAGGAAGGGAAGCAGGAGCGGCGUUUUUGAGUGGCAUUCCCUUCCAGGCUGGGCAUGGAGGGUCUAGGCGAGCCCCCGGCUUCGGCCCAGUCGUCGUCGCACCGCCACGGCGCCCGCCGCCGCCGCCGCCACGGCUGCCGCCGGGUGCGCUUGCUGUGCAUGCUGGCGCUGACGUUCCUCUUCUUCGUGGUGGAGGUGGCGGUGAGCCGGGUGACGUCGUCGCUGGCCAUGCUCUCGGACUCGUUCCACAUGCUCUCGGACGUGAUGGCGCUGGUGGUGGCGCUGGUGGCGGUGCGCUUCGCCCAGCGGACCCGCGCCACCAAGAAGAACACCUUCGGCUGGGUGCGGGCCGAGGUCAUGGGCGCCCUGGUCAACGCCGUCUUCCUCACCGCCCUCUGCUUCACCAUCUUCCUCGAGGCCGUCGAGCGCUUCACCGAGCCCCACGAGAUCCAGCAGCCCCUGGUCGUCAUCGGCGUCGGCGCCGCGGGGCUCCUGGUCAACCUCCUCGGACUCUGCCUCUUCCACCAACACGGAGGAGGAGGAGGGGGGGACAGGGAAGGGGACGGCGGGGGGCACGGCCACAGCCACGGCCUCAGGCACCGGGGCAAGGAGGCCAGGAAGCCCCACAAGGGAGAGGAGACCAACACCCUCGUCGACAACUUCGCCAGCUCCAACGGGGUCAGCCUGGAGAAGCUGGGUGAUGCAUCAAAAGAAAGCCAAAUGGAACUACAGCCAAAUGGGAAUAUUAGCAACCAUUCCUCUCUCGAUAUGGAGGUUGAUGAAGACACUAGUGCUCAACUCAACAUGCGUGGAGUAUUUCUUCAUGUCCUUGGAGAUGCUUUGGGUUCAGUAAUUGUAGUAGUGAAUGCCUUAGUAUUUUACUCAUAUUGGACUCCAUGCCCUAAGGAUGGGCCUUGCAUUAAUCUUUGUAUCAAUGACCAUUGUGCAGAAAACAUUACUCAGAUGUCUGCCCGAAUGAAUGCAACCGAAUUAGAGAAAAUUCCUAUAGCUGGUCCCUGCUGGGUUCUAUAUUUAGAUCCUGCACUGUGUCUGAUAAUGGUUUGCAUUCUGCUGUACACAACUUAUCCACUGCUUAAAGAAUCUGCCCUCAUCCUUUUGCAAACUGUUCCGAAGCAAAUUGAUAUUCGUUCUUUAAACGAGAAACUCCGCAAACUGGAAGAAGUUGAAGCGGUCCAUGAAUUGCAUGUAUGGCAGCUAGCAGGAAGCAGGAUCAUUGGCACUGCUCAUAUAAAAUGUAAGGAUCCAGAAACAUAUAUGAAAGUGGCAAAGGAUAUUAAGGAAAUUUUUCACGAUGAAGGGAUACAUGCGACCACCAUUCAGCCAGAAUUUGCCAUUGUGGACUCAGAUGUGGGUUUUGAGGCUGUGGGAAAAUGUGAACUUCCCUGCAGAACCCAAUGUGCUCUGAAGCAGUGUUGUGGGACUGCUGAAAAGACUACUGCAAAGAAGACAGAAAAGUCCCCAUCAAUUAGUAUUUCUUGCUCGGAAAUAGUGAUUGACUCUCCACAUCACAAAACCAGGAGGACUAAAUCAGAGUGCAUUCCUGUUGUAAAGCUAGAAGCAGGGUCUGACCCUAACAAACAAUUUGAAUCAUCUUUGUAAUUCCCAAAUUUGUGCCGAAUGAAGUCUGGGUUCAGCCGCAGGUUGGGUGUGAGAAGACAGACUAGCAUUAAAGACAUAAGUUGCAAAAUAAUGUAAUUGCUGAAGUUCCUGUUCUUGUCACAAAACUUAAAUCUAGGCUAUUUGCUGGAAAGAACUUUGUAGUGCCGUCCUUACACAACGUGUGCUUGUGUUAACGUUUAGUUGAAUAGCACAGAAAAUUUUGCCGAUGCUGCAAUAACUCUGCAGAGCCACUUUUAGUUAAGUUUAAAAUUAAAAUGGCAUCCAAUAGUCCCCUUCUCCCUUGAACUUGGAAGUCAUUCUGUUUUAGGGGUCUUAAUAUGAUUGCUCUUUUUGCUGUGUGUGUGUGUGUGUGUUGUCUCAAUAUUUUACAAACCAUAAGAAGAAGAAACCAAAGUUGACAGAAUUGUUUAAUGAGGAAAUUUAGACUUUCUUCUUAAAUGCAAAAGUGAAUGCUAUUUUGAGUAGAUAUACUGUGUAGCAUUAGUGGUAGCAUCCCAAAACACAUCCAGUACUUGUUGACCAAAAAUCAACAAAAAAAUUGCAAUCUUGUUUGUUUUUAGGCCUGUGAUGUAAUGAAAACUGGCUGCUUUGAAAAUAGGAAUUGUGAAGAAAUACCUGCAUAUUUCUUUUGGGCUGUAAGAUUAAAUUCUCAGAUGGAUGCUGGACACACUUUUUAGGGGCUUAUUAAUUGUUGUGCCCCCUCUCUUCUGUAUAACCCUUUUCUUUUAAACAACUUUUGUUGUUGCAUAUAUAAUUACAGUUUAAUAGAACUCAAAUAGUAAUUCUGAGAGUAGCAAACCAAAUUUGGUCUCUGUUCUGGAAGUGUUCUCUGGCUUGGUGGAAUGGAUGGUUUACUACUGGCUGAAAUACAUCUAGCCUUAAGGUUGUUGUUUUUUAAAAAAAAAAAUCCUAAGAGAAAUUUGGCAGAUAGAACUAUUCAGUGUAUAUGGCUUAAAUAUUAAUAUAUUUCAAAGUAUUUAUAUUUGAUUCUGAGCCAUUUUGCCCUUUCAGUAAAGCAAAGGGCAGUUGAAAUGCUUCAUAUGUAACAAAAACAGGCAGCUGCCUCUGGAGCAAGUGGGCUGACCUGAGUGUCACAGUAAAACUGUCCAUUUUUCAUCAUGGGAAUGAGCUGUGGCAAGCCUUGCCUUGCAUUCUUCCUUCAAUCAAAUGAUGAAUAUGAGGUCAAAAGCUUUUUGUUUUUUUAAAAAAUAUUUUCUGUCCAGACUGUAUUGUGAUUAAUUUUUCCUCUGACCUGGUUGAAACAAACCAGCUUCAUAAUCCAUGCUUUGAAGUUGAUGUAUGUCCAACCAAACCUACUUAAAAUGAAUCAUGGUUUGUUAGGUUCAGAUGAAACAAGCCCCUGUGGUGAAAGAAAAAAGGAAGCAGAAGCAUCUAGUCUUAUCAUUGCAUUGAGGGAGCAGAGGGAGAGUAGUUAACCAUGGUUGUAGUGAGAUGUCCAAACUGGACUUUUUCUUCUACAACAGCUUGAAAACAUGUUAUGGGGCCAAAUUCUAGCCUAGUUCAAUCGUGUCACAUGCAUUAGAUUGCAAUGAUGCCAAGUUGUGUUUAGUAAAUGAAAGGGAAGGAGAAUGUGGUUUCUCAUUGUUAAUAGUACUUGCUGUAUACAUUUAUGUAUACCACUUGCCCAGACAUCUUUAAAAUCAAAGAACUUUGAUUAUUGGGACCAACCCAGUGUUGAAUGCAAGGAUGCUUGGUGAAGUUUUUCAGAAUCGUGUAGCUGGACUUCAUCUUCAUCUCACUUUUCUUUGUUAAAAAAGACCAGUGUAAACACCUGAUUGUGGUGGCUUGAAUGUUAAUAGAUUUCUGAAAGCCCAGAUUGGAAGGUUUUAUAGGAAAUCAAAACAUUAUUCCAGCGGUGUGCACAGUCACUUAGUACCAAGGGCUUUCAGAGAAACAGAGACCCUUGAUCAACUUCAGGAAUUUAUUUGCUCCUGUACUUCUAGAAGUUACCUUGCAUUGUUUAAAUGCAGAUUCUUUGAUAACAAAUGCCUCGGUCAGUAGAAAUAGAGAUUUGUUUCCCCCUUCUAAAAAUGCAAAAGAAAACUAAUCUGCACUUCUCUUUAUUACCAUGAAAGGUAAGGGGGGGAAAGUGAAUCAAUGAGCAGUGGAUGUUAUGCCCCCUACACCACUAGUGUUGCAUCCAGACUUGAUUUCUGCAAUACAAGCCUACAGUUAGUAUGAAGUGUGAUAAACUGUACUUGUAAAAUGAUCAAGUAUAGUUGACAAUGCCUUUUGGGGUCCUUUUAUUAUAAAGGUCACCACUUAGUUAAUACCCCAUUUGUCUGCCACAGAAUAGCCCUGCUGUACAAUUCUCAUGCAGUUAUAUUUUAACUGAACAAUGCAGUAGUUUUUAAAGUCUCAGCUACUUUUCUGUCUUGUGGGAAAAGCUAGACUGGCACAGUUGGACCAUUAGGAUUGGACUGACAAGUAUAAAUGGACAGGCCAAAAAGGCUACUUCUGUAUAUUUGAGGACUUAAUGCCAGGGCUUGUCAACAUUUGGAAGGAUGAACUAGCUCCCUUUUUAAAGUGUGUCUUCUGUGUCCUAUAUGACAUACUUGACCAAGACAUUCUCAUCUUUUACCCUGUCUAAUAGCUAAUGGGGCGCUUUCUUUAUCUGUUUUUUUUAGGGGGGAGGGGGUGCCUAUUUAGAAAUAUUGUAAUUGCUUUCCUUUUUUCAAACUUGGUGCAUCUCUCUAAAGCACAAAUGUCAGGUCUCAUUUUGAGUGUGCACUGCAGUGAUAAGGGAGAAAAGCAGUUAACUAUGCCAGGUGUAAUCCUGAUUUUCUUUGUUAUGCAGCAGCUUGCUUUUAUGGCAAAAUAUGUUGCAUACAUUUCUUUCCUCUUUCUAAACCAAGUAUGGUUUUGGAAAUGUCAACUAGUUAAAUUUUUGUGUAUGUUUGGAACAAAAUGGAACACCUUGAAUAACUCCAACUUCAGGAGGCAUUUUUUUGGUACUUGAUGUCAGGAAUAUUGACACCAGUUUUGCAGUCCCUCAUAUAAGCUAAACAUUGUCUUUUUCUCCUCAGCCACCAGUGUUGUUGAGGAGGGUAUUCCAUUCAGAACAGAUGUAAUGAUCACAGACUCAUUACAUGUCUCAGUGUGUACAUUUGUGUUGAAUUGCUAUAAUGGGCAUGAGUUGGAGAUGUGAAUUCGUUUCGCAGCAAAAGCUGUGCCUCAGGCUUUCUUGGAAACUGCAGUAAAUACAGAACAAAGAAACAUGCAUGGCAUCAUCUCCCAAAUUCUAUGUUUCACUGUUCACACAGCUGAACAAAUACAGACCUUGUAAAAGUUACUUUUUUGGAGUAUAGUUCCCAGAAUUUUGGAGCUAUAGUGCAAAAAAGUAAUAUUUCCAUGCUCUGACAAGAGCUUCAUCCCAAUGUAAAGCAGCCCCAAAAGACAUUUAAAUGACUAGAUACUUAAGGACCCAGCUGAUGGUUGCAUUAGUCAAGUGUGUACAGCUGACCCAAGAAUGAAAAAAAAAUCUUCAUAGAGCAAAACUGAGUAUUUUUAAAAAUGUCACCUAAAGUUCUGGAGAAUGUUUCAAAACCACUAACUGCUCUAGAAGCAAGUAGUGCUCAGGAUGUCUUUGCUAAGGGGCACUUUCCCCUUUCCUAGGCUGUAGCUCUUGCUAUAUGCAAAUAAAGUUGUAGCUCAAAGCCUUUAAGAUCAAACCAUGAUGGUGCAGACAUAGACUCCAUUCAGUUAAUGGGAAACGUAUUUGUUUUGAAUUUGUUUUGAAUGCACUUUCUGACUUUCUCAUUGACUGCAAGGAGGAAGGAAGUACUUUAACACAACAUCCCCUACUUUUUGACUCGUUAAGAAAAGAGUAUUACAUAUUUAAGGGUAUUAAGUACAAUAUUUAAAUAUGCUGCUUUAAUUUCAUAACAGCAUCAAUGUAGCCUUCUGGGACUCUGGCUUAUGUUUACAGAACAAUUAUUGAAUAUUACAAUAAUUAUUCUAUUUUGGUUCUAUUUGGCACCAUCUUUUCAGCUCUUGAUGGACUGAAAGGUACUAAUGCUUCAUGUGCCUGAAAUGCAUAUUUGAUUUUUAUUUUUAUUUGUAAGCCGAAUGCAGCCUUACUUAUAACAGGAGCUUUCAUUUCUUUGUGUGAUCUUGGGUUUGUGUCUUUAAAUUGCCUGUGUUUAAGAACACUUCCAUGUCUUACAAAUGUGUGGGCCUGUUUCUUCCCACCCCACUUGUAUGUAUGUAUGUAUUUAAGUGUUCUUGAGCUUAGUCUCCAAACCCAUCUGCUUUGUGGUAGCUAAGAGGCAUCUCCUCUUGCAUUAUAAGGGUUGUGUUUGAGACCAAUGUUUUGGGGACAUAAUAGGCAUAUCUGUAUCAGGUCACAUCGUACCAGUGACAAUGGGCUUCUGUUAAACCAGUGAUGCUACUGUGUUUCUUUACAUAUAAACUAAAGACUGAGAAGGAAAUAAAUGUUGCUAUAUAAACUAUAAAA